AUGGCUUCGAGACCUGAGCUCAAGGUUGAUGACGAGGGCUCAUUCAUCCGUUCGUUUCGUUCCCUUCCUCCGAGACCUGGCGGCAGCAAUACUAUCCGUGUCUUUGAUCGGGUCGAUUGGUACUCAGCCCAUGGAGAAGAUGCAGAAUUCAUUGCGCGGACCGUCUACAAGACGACCGCUGUUAUCAGAAACCUCGGUCGGAGCGACAAUGCCUUGCCCAGUGUCACAAUGUCUACCACAGUUUUCCGCAACCUCCUCCGAGAAGCACUGUUCAAGCUAGGCAAGAGAGUGGAAAUCUGGGAAGCCAGUGGUAAAGGACAAUGGAAACUCGCCCGGCAAGCUAGUCCCGGCAACUUGCAAGCCGUUGAAGAAGAGCUAGGUUCUGGUAUUGAUAGCCAAGGUGAUUCUGCGCCCAUAAUCCUGGCUGUCAAGGUCAUUGCAAGAGCAGGCGAGGCCAGAAGUGUUGGCGUUUGCUUUGCAGAUGCCAGCGUCAGAGAACUUGGUGUCAGCGAGUUCUUGGACAACGAUCUCUAUUCCAACUUUGAGAGUCUUCUUAUUCAACUAGGCGUCAAAGAGUGUGUCGUGGCAGGGAACCUUCAGAAAAAGGAUCCUGAAUUAGCAAAGAUACAACAGAUUGCUGAUUCGUGUGGAAUUGCCCUCUCGGAGAGAUCUGCUGCCGACUGGGGAACAAAGGAUAUUGAGCAAGACCUGGCCAGGCUUCUGAAAGGCGAAAAUGCCAUGGGACUUCUGCCCCAAACAGACCUCAAACUCGCGAUGGGUAGUGCAGCUGCACUCAUCAAGUAUCUGGGUGUCAUGACGGACCCCAGCAACUUUGGACAAUACCGGCUAUACCAACACGACCUCGGACAUUACAUGAAAUUGGACGCAGCUGCACUGAGAGCUCUGAACCUCAUGCCUGGCCCUCGAGAUGGCGCGAAAAGUAUGAGCUUGUAUGGUCUGCUGAAUCACUGCAAAACCCCGAUCGGGGGUCGUCUUCUUGCACAGUGGCUCAAGCAGCCCCUUAUGAAUCUUUCGGAAAUCGAGAGGAGACAACAACUAGUGGAAGCUUUUGUCAUAGAUACUGAGCUUCGCCAAACUAUGCAAGAAGAACAUCUUCGUUCAAUUCCUGACCUAUACCGCCUGGCGAAGAAAUUUCAGCGCAAGCAUGCAAAUUUGGAGGACGUGGUACGUGCAUACCAGGUUGUUAUACGGCUUCCAGGCUUCAUUGACGCCCUGGAAACUGUUGUCGACGAGCAGUACCAAAUCCCGUUGGAAGCACAGUAUACAGCAAAGCUGAAAGAGUUAUCGAAUUUUCUGGGAAAAUUGGCUGAAAUGGUUGAGACCACUGUGGAUCUCGACGCCCUGGACCGCCAUGAGUUCAUUAUCAAACCAGAGUUUGAUGAGGGACUCAAGAUAAUUCGGGCCAAGCUUGACGAUGUCCAACGCGCCAUGGGCGCCGAGCACCGUCGAGUCGGCAAGGACCUCAGUCAAGAGCUUGACAAGAAGCUCUUUUUGGAGAAUCACAAGGUCCAUGGGCAUUGUUUCCGGCUCACGCGCAAUGAAGCGGGUUGCAUACGAAAUAAGAGCUCUUACAAGGAAAUAUCGACGCAAAAGAACGGCGUGUACUUCACAACGAAUGAACUGGCGGAGUUGAGGAGAGAGUACGAUCAGCUCUCAAGCUCUUACAACCGGAAACAGUCUUCCCUAGUGUCGGAGGUCGUUCAAGUAGCCUCAUCAUACACGCCAGUUAUUGAGCAGCUUGCUGCCAUCAUCGCUCACCUGGAUGUAGUCGUCAGUCUGGCACAUGCUACGGUCCAUGCUCCGACGGCGUACGUCCGCCCGAAGAUGCACGAACGAGGCACUGGGGAUACCAUCUUGAAAGAGGCGCGACACCCUUGCAUGGAAGCUCAGGACGACAUCAAUUUCAUCACCAAUGAUGUCGAAUUGAGGCGAGACAGCUCCAGGUUCCUCAUCAUUACCGGUCCCAACAUGGGCGGGAAAUCGACGUACAUUCGCACAAUCGGCUGCAUUGCUUUGAUGGCCCAAAUUGGCUGUUUCGUGCCCUGCACAGAAGCAGAGUUGACCAUUUUUGACUGCGUGCUCGCUCGCGUGGGAGCAUCAGAUUCUCAACUUAAAGGCGUGUCGACUUUUAUGGCGGAAAUGCUGGAAACAGCGAAUAUCUUGAAAAGUGCCACGCGAGACUCGCUGAUCAUCAUUGAUGAGCUGGGUCGAGGCACGAGCACAUACGACGGCUUCGGUCUUGCGUGGGCCAUUAGUGAAGAAAUAGUCGGACAGAUCGGUGCCUUUGGAUGUUUCGCCACCCAUUUUCAUGAACUGACUGCUCUAGCGGACAAGUUCCCCAACGCGGUAAAGAACCUUCAUGUGGUAGCCUUUGUGGGUGAUCAAGACCAGGAUGUUGCCAUGACCAACGGCGAGGGAGAUGCCAGAACUUCGAAUAAACGAAGGGAAGUCACCUUGUUGUACCGAGUUGAGCCCGGCAUCAGUGACCAAAGCUUCGGAAUACACGUUGCUGAGUUGGUAAGGUUUCCGGAGAAGGUGGUCAGUAUGGCGAGACGAAAGGCUGAGGAGUUGGAAGACUUCACCAGUGCCAGCGGUGAACAGAAGGACAAUGAAUAUUCUAAGGAAGAUGCAGAUGAAGCCAGCCGCCUGUUGAAGGCUAUGCUGCAGAAUUGGAAGGAGCAGGUUGAAGGAAAGGACAUGAGCAAAGACGAAAAGUUACGGCUGAUGAGAGAGAUGGUCAAGGGUGACGAGAGAUUGAUGAAGAAUCCCUUCUUCCACACUGUACAAACAUUGUGA